AUGGCUCGUCAGGAGCAACCGGGGGAUCGCGGGAGCGAGGAGGCCGAGAGGCUGCAUCCAGACUGUCCGUUCGAAGCCAAUCACCUGAACGGCCAAGCUAACGGCCACGCGGAGAGUCACGAAGACAGUCGAAUGCUAAGCGGAGAUUCUCACGUCGUGGUUGACGUUGACGGUAGCGUUAACGGUAUCGGACUGUCGACCAAUGGAGCUGAAACUUCCGGGAAACAUCCCGCGAGGGAGAGUAGGAGGGGAGGAGGCGGCGAUGAGGGGGGAGAGGCGGGAGAGGAGGAAGAGUGUGGGAGUGAGGGAGGAGGGGGAGGGGGAGGAGGAGGAGGGAGAGGAGUGGGGGGGGUGUAUCAACGCAAGAGCAAGGUGAUGGAUAAGUGCCACACGAUGAGCGGAUACAACAAGAAGAACAUCACCGAUACAAUCACAGUCAAGUUCAAGGACGUGCGCUACAAGGUGCAAACCGCCAAAGCGGGUUCCUGGGACCCGCGCCACUCCUGCCUCCCCACGCUCCCCACCCUCCCCGCGCUCCUCGCCCCCAAGCGGGGGGGAACCGCGGGCGGGGGGGGCGCGGCGGGAGGCGCUGGGGGAGGCGUCGGGGGAAGCGCGGAAGCGGGGGCGGGGGGGAAAGCGGGAGCGGAGGUGCGGGAGAAGGAGAUUCUGCACGGGAUAAGCGGGAGUGUGGCGCCGGGGGAGGUGCUGGCGAUGAUGGGGCCGUCUGGGGGAGGCAAGACGACGUUUCUGAACGUGCUGGGGGGGCGGUUCAAGCAGGGGAACAUGGCGGGCACGUUGACGUAUAACGACCUGCCUUACAGCAAGGCGCUCAAGCGAAAGCUGGGCUUCGUGACUCAGGACGAUAUAUUCUUCCCACACUUGACGGUGCGCGAGACUCUCAUGUACGCUGCUGUGCUGCGUCUUCCCAAGGAGCUGAGCUGGGCGGAGAAGGUGCAGCGAGCAGACGAGACCAUUACUGAGCUGGGGCUUGACAAGUGUCGAAACACUGUCAUUGGGGGUCCGUUUCUACGCGGUAUAUCCGGGGGGGAGCGCAAGCGAGUGAGCAUCGGCCACGAGAUCCUCAUCAACCCCUCCAUGCUGCUGCUCGAUGAACCCACCUCCGGCCUCGACUCUACCACCGCUCUCCGCAUCAUUCAAGUCAUCCAGAACCUCGCUAAAUCGGGCAGAACCGUUGUUACUACCAUUCACCAGCCGUCCUCCCGGCUGUUCCACGCGUUCGAUAAGCUGCUGCUCUUAUCGGAGGGCAACGUGAUUUUUUUCGGGCAGGCUGCGGACGCGAUGGGGUAUUUUGGAAGGUUGGGGUUUGAGCCGCUGUUUGCGACGAACCCGGCGGAUUUUCUGCUGGAUUUGGCGACGGGGACGACGGCGGAUGUGCGGUUGCCGGGUGUGUUGGGGGAGAGCGAGGAGUGGCAGGGGAAGAGCGUACCGGAGCAACAACACGACGUGAAGGAGUUCGUGGCUCGGGCUCACAGGGAGCAGCAGCAGCCGCUGGUGCACGCUGAGCUGGCGGGGCUGCCCGCCAGCUCAGAUGCCGACCAGAAGAGCGUGCUGCAGCGGCGGGGGUGGACGGCGCCAUGGCUGCUCCAGUUCUCAGUGCUGUGGACACGCGGGCUCAAGGAGAGACGCCAUGAAGUGUUAUCACCGCUCAGGUUCUACCAGGUGACAGCGUUGGGCUUCAUAUGUGGAAUGCUGUGGUUUGGCUCGGAGCGCAACACUGGCACCGAGAUUCAGGACCAGGUGGGCCUGCUGUUCUUCAUUUCCAUCUUCUGGGGCUUCUUCCCUCUCUUCGCCGCCAUUUUCACCUUUCCCCAGGAGCGCUCCAUCCUAGCCAAGGAGCGGGCGAGCGACAUGUACCGCCUAUCAGCCUACUACCUCAGCCGCCAGCUGUCAGACCUCCCCAUGGAGUGGCUGCUCCCCACACUCUUCCUCCUCAUCUGCUACUUCAUGGCGAACCUCAAACUCACCGCUGCUGCGUUCUUUGGACUGCUCUUCUCAACGUAUCUGAUUGUCACCACGGCUCAGGGCUGCGGGCUCUGUUUGGGAGCAGCAGUGAUGGACGUCAAAGUCGCCACCACGCUGGCCUCGGUGCUCCUCCUCACCUUCAUGCUGGCAGGAGGAUACUAUCUGCAAACCAUCCCCGCCUUCAUCGCGUGGAUCAAAUACAUUUCCUUCACCUACUACGCCUACCGCCUCGUCAUCAAAACCCAGUUCUCGCCCUCCGAUACCUUUGAAUGCGGCCCGCCGAGUGACCCGAGCGCGAUUAUUUGUCCGAUGUCGGACGCGCCGUCGUUCCGGGGGUUCUCGCUGGGAGAUGCAUGGGUUGACGUGGUGGCGCUGUUGGUGCAAGUGGCGUUUUACAGGGGUCUCGGAUAUUUCGCUCUCAGAAGGAUGAAGACAAAUGUGUAG